GUGUGCAGCGGAGAGGGUUGGACCUGCGCUCCUGUCUGCUAAACCACUGCCCCCCUUUCACAGAUUUACACGAUUACCACUAUCCGACCCAUUUUGAAGGAGCCCUAAAUUGCCUUUAAAGCGGUGCCUGCCUAUACAGACAAGUAUGUUUCCAAGUGGAGGGAUAUCUGCAACCAUACAGGCCAACAGGCUGCGGGCAGAAGGCAUGGGCACUCAGGAACAGGCUGUGCCUUUCUCCAACCAAAACUACGAGGCGCUGAAGCAGGAAUGUCUGGAGUCGGGCUGCCUGUUUGAAGACCCCUGUUUCCCUGCUGAGCCUCCAUCCCUGGGCUUCAAGGAGCUCGCCCCCCAUUCCUCCAAAACUAGGGAUGUGGAGUGGAUGAGGCCUACUGAACUGACAGAUGACCCUCAGUUUAUUGUGGGUGGUGCCACCAGAACAGACAUCUGUCAGGGAGCGCUGGGCGACUGCUGGCUCUUAGCAGCCAUCGCCUCUCUCACCCUGAAUGAGAGGCUUCUUCAUCGGGUUGUCCCACACGGGCAGUCUUUCCAGGACGACUAUGCUGGAAUCUUCCACUUUCAAUUCUGGCAAUUCGGCGAGUGGGUUGAUGUCGUGAUAGAUGACAGGCUGCCUGUCAAAAGCGGGGAGCUCAUGUUUGUCCAUUCUGCUGAGGGCAAUGAAUUCUGGAGUGCACUCCUGGAGAAGGCUUAUGCCAAGCUGAAUGGCUCCUAUGAGGCCCUGUCCGGAGGAAGCACCACAGAAGGGUUUGAAGACUUCACAGGAGGUGUGUCUGAGAUGUACGAGCUGCGCAGUGCUCCCAGAGAUCUGCCCAGGAUAAUUAGCAAAGCCCUGGAGAGAGGCUCUCUGCUGGGCUGCUCUAUAGAUAUCACCAGUGCCUUCGACAUGGAGGCUGUUACAUUUAAGAAGCUUGUGAAGGGCCACGCCUACUCCGUCACUGGACUCAAGGAGGUUGAGUUCCGUGGCAACAUGGAACGCCUAAUCCGAGUACGUAACCCUUGGGGUCAGGUGGAGUGGACCGGUGCCUGGAGUGACAAUUCUCCUGAAUGGGACGAGGUUGACCCUUCUGAACGAGAGGACCUGCAUCUGCAGAUGGAAGACGGGGAGUUCUGGAUGUCCUUCAACGAAUUCAAGAGGCAGUUUUCUCGGAUAGAGAUCUGUAACUUGACUCCUGACGCCCUGAGCGAGGACACUCUCAGCCACUGGAACACCAUAAAGUUCUACGGCACGUGGAGGAGAGGCAGCACCGCUGGAGGCUGCAGGAACAAUCCCAACACGUUUUGGAUCAACCCUCAGUACAAGAUCACGUUGCUGGAGGAGGAUGAUGACCCAGAGGACGAUGAGGUGGCGUGCAGUUUUUUGGUAGCGCUCAUGCAGAAGGACCGCCGCAGAUAUCGGCGCCAAGGUCAGGACAUGCACACCAUUGGCUUUGCUCUCUAUGAGAUUCCAGAGGAGUACAGAGGCUGCCAGAAUGUCCACUUGAAGAAAAAUUUCUUUUUGUCGCAUUCAUCUUGCGCACGCUCUGAGACCUUCAUCAACCUGCGAGAGGUGAGCACGCGGCUUCGUCUGCCCCCCGGAGAAUACCUCAUCGUCCCCUCCACCUUUGAGCCCAGUAAGGAGGCUGACUUUGUCCUCAGAGUCUUCACUGAGAAGCAAUCGGAAACAGAGGAACUGGAUGAUGUAAUCUCUGCCGAUUUAGGAGAUGAUGAUGAAAUAACUGAAGACGACAUUGAUGACUCCUUUAAGUCAAUGUUUGCCCAGCUAGCAGGAGAGGACAUGGAGAUUUCUAUUCACGAGCUUAAGACCAUUCUGAACAGAGUCAUCUCCCGGCACAAAGAUCUGAAGACUGAUGGCUUCAGCACGGACUCAUGCAGGACCAUGGUCAACCUGAUGGACAAAGAUGGAAGUGCCCGUUUAGGGAUGGUGGAGUUUCAGAUCCUCUGGAAUAAGAUCCGAAAGUGGCUGGUCAUUUUUAGAGAUUUUGACCUCGACAAGUCGGGGGCCAUGAGCUCAUAUGAGAUGCGCCUUGCUGUGGAGGCGGCAGGUUUUAAACUGAAUAACAGACUGCACCAGGUUCUGGUAGCCCGGUAUGCAGAGAACGAGAUGAUUGACUUUGACAACUUCAUCAGCUGCUUGGUCAAGCUGGAAGCCAUGUUCAGGUCUUUCAAGCAGCUCGACCAGGAGGGAUCAGGAGAGGCUGAGCUUAAUCUCACAGAGUGGCUUUACAUGACAAUGUGUGGUUGAAGAGAGCUGUCUUCACUGGUGCGCGUUGAGCAAAGGCACAGCCUGCAGAGUGCCAUGAACCCGGAGAACUGAAGACCCCUCAGCCUUAGCCACUCGUUGAUCCUUUUACACAUCCCACCUCAGCGAACCUUAAGUAGUAAAUUGCUGUAAAACGGGAAACCAAAGUCCAAUAAAGCCAGGUGAAUCCCAGCCGAGUUUUAGAAACUAUGCAAACCUACAGUAUGAAGCAGUCACUGUGCCACAUAGAUGUGUCAUCUGUUAGAACAGCAUGAGUCUGAGCAUGACAAAAAUCCCCAGCUGUAAUGUGCAUUGUAAGUUUAUUUUAGCUUUCUACAUUUUAGUUUUGCUUUCUGUGUGAGAGUCAACUGAUUUACUAACAAUUUCACUGCUCACAUCAUUUCAAAAUCUCACAAAGAGCUGUUUGGCUAAGGAACAUAAAACGCAGAGGAAAUCUGAAGAAGUCUGUUACUGUUAAUGCUGUAAAAGGUGAAGUCUUAUAGUUUCUCUUAAUCAUUCUGCAAUCACGUUUCUUUUAUUGCCUGAGAACAAAGAUUUUUAUAAGGGAAUGCAUUGUGUAGUUUCAUUCUUGCACCUGUAGAUGGCAGUACAGACCUGAUGUAAUGUUGAUGUUUUUUUUAAUUUUGUGGUAUUUGAUACUAGCCUGUUUUUAUUCAACUAAUAUUUGUCUUUAAUUUAAGUUCAGCAGCUGAAUUUUAGUUAAGUUUUACUUGAUAGUUUUUAUUUUGCACUGAGAUUUUAGGGAAGCUGCUACUGACGUUGCCUCACAUUACUGAGAAAUGCUGUAUUUCAGUCUGCUCAAGUGGCAUUUACAGGGAUCACGAUACUAAAUGCCUUUAUACAUGACACCAUGACGUUAAAAAAUCAGCUUUUAAGAAUUAUGCCAGUCAUGUGUUUUGUGAUGUGAAUGUAUGUUGUGCCUUCAAUAAAUAUUUCCCUCAUG